AUGCCCGAGCAGCUCAGCGUCGCCGAGUUCCUGGCCGUCACCGCGGAGGACCUCAGCUCCCCGGCCGGGGCCGCCGCCUUUGCCGCCAAGAUGCCCCGGUGCCGGGGGGCGGCCCUGGCGCGGGAGGAGAUCCUGGAAGGAGACCAGGCCAUCUUGCAGAGAAUAAAGAAGGCUGUGCGGGCGAUCCACAGCUCCGGCCUUGGCCACGUGGAGAAUGAGGAGCAGUACCGAGAGGCUAUAGAGUCCUUAGGCAACAGUCACUUGUCCCAAAACAGUCAUGAGCUGUCCACUGGCUUCCUGAACUUGGCCGUGUUCACCCGCGAGGUGGCUGCACUUUUCAAGAACCUGGUUCAAAACCUGAACAACAUUGUCUCAUUCCCCCUGGACAGUCUAUUGAAGGGGCAACUGAGGGAUGGACGACAGGAUUCCAAAAAGCAGCUGGAGAAGGCGUGGAAGGACUAUGAAGCCAAAAUGGCCAGGCUGGAGAAGGAGAGAGACCGGGCCAGGGUGACAGGAGGGAGCCCUGGGGAGGUGGCCCAGGACACCCAGAGAGAGCGGCGCGUCUUCCAGCUGCACAUGUGUGAGUAUCUGCUGAGAGCCGGGGAGAGCCAGAUGAAGCAGGGUCCUGAUUUCCUGCAGAGCCUCAUCAAGUUCUUCCACGCACAGCACAACUUUUUCCAAGAUGGCUGGAAGGCUGCUCAGAGCCUGUCCCCCUUCAUCGAGAAGCUGGCAGCCUCUGUACACGCGCUGCGCCAAGCCCAGGAGGAGGAGCUACAGAAGCUGACCCGGCUCCGGGACUCCCUCCGAGGGACGCUGCAGCUCGAGAGCAGAGAGGAGAAUCUGAGCCGGAAGAACUCAGGAGGCGGAGGUGGCUACAGCAUCCAUCAGCACCAAGGCAACAAGCAGUUUGGGACAGAGAAGGUGGGCUUUCUCUACAAGAAGAGUGAUGGAAUUCGAAGAGUCUGGCAGAAAAGGAAGUGUGGAGUCAAGUAUGGCUGCCUGACCAUCUCCCACAGCACGAUAAACCGGCCUCCAGUGAAGCUGACCCUGCUAACGUGUCAAGUGAGGCCAAACCCUGAGGAGAAAAAGUGCUUUGACCUGGUGACCCACAACAGGACAUACCACUUCCAGGCAGAGGAUGAACAUGAGUGUGAGGCGUGGGUGUCAGUGCUACAGAACAGCAAGGAUGAGGCCUUGAGCAGUGCCUUCCUCGCGGAGCCCGGCGGCAGCGGCGGCCCAGGACCCUGGGGGGGCGCCGGGCUGGACGCGGAGCCCCAGGACCUCACAAAGCUGCUCAUCGCCGAGGUGAAGAGCAGGCCCGGGAACGGCCAGUGCUGCGACUGCGGGGCUGCAGACCCCACGUGGCUCAGCACCAACCUGGGCGUGCUCACCUGCAUCCAGUGCUCCGGCGUCCACCGCGAGCUGGGCGUGCGCUUCUCGCGCAUGCAGUCCCUCACCUUGGACCUGCUGGGCCCCUCCGAGCUGUUGCUGGCCUUGAACAUCGGAAACACACGCUUCAAUGAGGUCAUGGAGGCCCAGCUGCCCUCACAUGGCGGCCCUAAACCCUCAGCUGAGAGUGACAUGAGCACACGCAGGGACUACAUCGUGGCCAAGUAUGUGGAACACAGGUUUGCCCGUCGGUCCACACCCGAGCCUCAGAAACUCCGGACGGCCAUUUGCAACCGGGACCUCCUGUCAGUCCUGGAGGCCUUCGCUAACGGGCAGGACUUUGGACAGCUGCUGCCUGGGCCUGAGGGGCAGGCGUCUGGAGAGCUCGCCCUGCACCUGGCUAUCAGAGUCGCCAGUCCCGCCUCCUUGCCCCUGGUGGACUUCAUCAUCCAGAAUGGAGGUCACUUGGAUGCCAAGGCUGCUGACGGGAAGAGCGCUCCACAUUGUGCUGCUCUCUACAACCAACCUGACUGCCUCAAGCUGCUGCUGAAAGGGAGAGCUUCGGUUGGCGCAGUGAACGAGGCAGGAGAGACAGCUCUGGACAUAGCCAGGAAGAAGCAGCACAAGGAGUGUGAGGAGCUGCUGGAGCAGGCCCAGGCUGGGACCCUCGCCUUCCCUCUGCACGUGGACUACAACUGGGGAAUCGCCACUGAGCCUGGCUCAGACAGUGAGGAGGACGAGGAAGAGAAGCGCUCCCCGCUGAAGCCCGCAGCCCAGGCCCGCUGGGCCAGCGGGAGGGUCGACCUCAGCAACAAAACCUAUGAGACCAUCACCAGCCUGGGAUCAGCUGCCCCUCAGAGCCAGAGUGACGCCUGCCCCCCACCCUUGCCGGUCAAAAACCCUUCCCGGACGGCGGUCCAAGGGCGUACAGGACAUGCCAGUGGAGAUCGUUCUGAAGUCCCCAGCCUGAGCUCAGAGCCCUCCGGGGCCCCUGAGAGCCUGGGCAGUCCAGCCUCUACGCCUUCUAGCCUCACAAGCCCUGUGGAAGCUGUGAGUCCCAGCCAAACCCCAUCCAGCUCUGAGGAGGGCCCCUCCCGAUCCAGCCUGACAUCUGGAGCCACCCCUGCCGAGAUGUAUCCCCCGGUCAGGUUCAGCUCCGAGAGCACUCGCUCCUAUCGGCGGGGUGGGCUGGAGCCUGAAGACUGUCUCUCAGCCAGGCAGCCUCUGCCCACAAGGAACAUGCCGGUUGGCUUCACUGAAGGAGAGGACUCCAGGACAGGUUCUCCUGGAAACUCUGUGCAGCUUUUGCAAGACUAGCUCCUUGCUGGCCCUUGCAUGCCUGAACUAGCCCCAUGUUGGACCCCAAUGUUCAGAGCUAGGACUUGAGCCCACAAGACUGGGGAACUGAGGUGUCCAUUCCCUUGGGUCUUGCUCUGUCUGUCUCUUGUACCUCUGUGGCUGGCCUUCCUCCCUGCCAUGGGCCUUUGCCCCCUCCAAGGAUACGGGGCCCUUCCAUGUUAGGGCUGAUGGCGGUUCCUUCCCCUCUAUCCCGUCAUCGCCCAGGGAGCCCUAUGGCUGGGUCUGAUACUCGUAAGUUAGCUUUAGCUGCAGAACCCCCAGUCUCUCAUCAGACCAGAAUAUGUUUCUACCACCAGUCUGGGGGCUCCAUAAGAGUAGGAGCAGUCCACCUUCAUCGUCCAGACCAGGGAUUCUGCCAGCCAAGGGGCUGUCUUCUUGGACAUUCAUUGGUCUAGUACUUUACUGAGUUUCUCUCUAUGUCCAGAUGCCACAUGAGUAAGACAAGGGUCUUGCAGAUGUGGCCCCCUGUGGGGACGCUGGUCCCAAAGGCUGGGCUUGAGAAUGGGCAGGGCUAGACUCCAGGGGAUGGUCCUGGGCCCAGGGGCAGACAGGCAAUCAGCUGGCUUACACCAAUGGGACACUGCAUUGUCUGCGUCCAUCCUGGUUGGCCAGUGCUCACGCUGUACCAGCUGUUAAGUAAAUACUCACUAGCACUCCUUUCGAGGGACAGCACAACCCUCCCGGGGACCUCUGCUCUAUUCCCCAGCCAGGAAGUAGACUAGGAGUAACCCCCACUUGCCUACUCUCCUGGAUGUAGCAGGAAGGAACGGAACAGUCAGGAGCCUUCCAGUCUUGGGGGAAAAAAGAACUAAGAAAGGAGGAAGGAGAAUAAUAGGAACCAGAAGGCAGGGACUAAAGGUUCUGCUUCCCAGUCCCAGAAGUGCCACCGUGACUUUCAGCCCCAUAUUAGAAAAGAGGUACAGCUAAGCCAUCAUCAGUUUCUAACACGGUUUUAUGGGCACCAGGCACUGGGCCCUGGCAGGGAUGGGCCAGGCCAAACAGGAGAGGCCAGAGGAUGCCAAUGGCCAACGAAGCAGUCUGGCCCAGGAGGCUGGGCUGUUUACCCUGGAGACCUGACUGGUCUGGGAUCCCACAGGAACGGGGUUGUCUUCUGGGCCUCUAGCGUCUGGUUUUGUUCAUCUCAGACUUGUUAUCUCACUCAUCUCUAAUAAAAGAUUUUUUUGAUUAAA